UUGUGAAGAGUGACCCGGCAGCUGCAGCAGACGGCACCCGAGCCAGGCGUGUUGAAUAACAUGUUGAGUAACUUGUGCUGUAACGUGUAGAGCGGUGCCGUGCAACUGCUGUGCAUGGUGUGAGUGAGGAGCCGAGGAGUGAGCAGCGAGGAAUGGCCAGGAACAGCUACAGAAACUUCCUGAGACUGCUGGAGAAGUGGCCGGUAGAUGCCAGCAAGGGCGCCGACAGAGACCUCGGGGAAUAUCUGCGGAGGCGUGUGACGGAAAGCUUCAAGCACGGGGAAACCUCGGCAGUAAAUGAGGAGGAGUGUCACCGAAUCUACUCCUCGCUGAACCGCAUUGCCAGCGGCACAUAUGCAGCAAAAUACCCGCGCUCCCGCACCAGCACGUCCACAGGUUUGUCAGCUGAGGAGUGCCACCAGGUCAUGUCGAAGGAGUUCCUCACUGCUGUAGAGGAGCAGGACAAGGGAAUCAUUAAGCGUCUCUUCCAGAGAAACUGA